AUGGUGGCAGUGGGCCUGGGUGUGUUGAAGCUAAUGCGGGGCGUUCGCCAACUGGAGCUCCACCGCCUCAUCCUGGCACUCAUCAUCUUCUGCCUGUUGUCCAUGGCUUUCCUAGCUUACUACGUCUCCAACAGCCCCAAAAUCAAGGAGCCCCCACCGCUGCCUUUCAGUGACUGUGGUGGAGGGGGGGGGGUGCCGUUGGGGGUUAGCGCUGGGCCUUUAGGAACAGGAAAUGGUGCUCAAAGAAAUCCACUUUUCCUCCCUGUUCGUCAACGACAACGACAGGUGAAAGCAAUGGACAGCUCCAGGACAGAGCCUGUGGUUCUGGUGUUUGUGGAGAGUAUCUAUUCCCAGUUGGGUCAAGAGAUUGUCGCCAUAUUGGAGUCGAGUCGCUUCCAUUACCGCACGGAGAUCGCUCCCAGUAAGGGGGACAUGCCCACUUUGACGGAGCGUAACCGGGGACGAUACACACUGAUCAUCUUUGAGAAUGUACUGAAAUAUGUCAACCUGGACGUGUGGAACCGAGACUUGCUGGACAAGUACUGUGUGGAGUAUGGAGUAGGUGUCAUUGGCUUCUAUAAAGCCAAUGAGAACUCUCUUCUUAGUGCACAGCUCAAAGGUUUUCCCCUCUUCCUACACUCACAUCUGGGACUCAGGGACUACCACAUUAACCCCACCGCUCCCCUGCUCUACAUCACCAAACCAAACCAGGUAGAGCAGGGCCCUUUGCCAGGAGACGAUUGGACAAUUUUCCAGUCUAACCACUCAACGUAUGAACCGGUUCUUCUUGCCACCACAAAAUCUUCAGAAGUUCUGGCCCAUUUUGGACCCAGUCCUCUGCGGGCUUUCCAUGCUACGGUCGUCCAGGACUUGGGAAUUCACGACGGCAUUCAGAGGGUUCUGUUUGGAAAUAAUCUCAACUUUUGGCUCCAUAAGUUGUUGGUGUUUGUGGACGCCAUUGCUUACUUAACGGGGAAAAGACUUUGUCUGUCCCUGGACCGCCACAUCCUGGUGGACGUGGACGACAUAUUUGUUGGAAAGGAAGGAACCCGGAUGAAGGUCUCUGAUGUGGAGGCAUUGCUCAACACGCAAAAUAAGAUGAGAGCUCUGGUACCUGAUUUCACCUUCAACCUGGGAUUUUCUGGAAAGUUCUACCACACAGGUACGGAUGAGGAGGACCAGGGGGACGACAUGCUGCUGCAGCACAGGAUGGACUUCUGGUGGUUCCCUCACAUGUGGAGCCACAUGCAGCCUCACCUUUUCCACAACUGCUGGACCAACCUGAGGCUGCAGACUUUACCUCCAGUCCAACUGGCGCAGAAAUACUUUCAGAUCUUCCCAGAGGAGAGAAACCCACUCUGGCAGGAGCAUGGCAUACCAACAGAUAUGGGCUAUGCAGUAGCUCCACACCACUCGGGUGUUUAUCCUGUUCACAGCCAACUUUACGAGGCAUGGAAGUCUGUGUGGGGAAUCAGAGUGACCAGCACUGAAGAAUACCCCCAUCUGAGGCCUGCCCGAUACCGCCGAGGCUUCAUCCACAAUGGAAUCCAGGAGCAUGGCAUACCAACAGACAUGGGCUAUGCAGUAGCCCCACACCACUCGGGUGUUUAUCCUGUUCACAGCCAACUUUACGAGGCAUGGAAGUCUGUGUGGGGAAUCAGAGUGACCAGCACUGAAGAAUACCCCCAUCUGAGGCCUGCCCGAUACCGCCGAGGCUUCAUCCACAAUGGAAUCCAGGCCACCUCCAUGGUCAGCGCCGCCUUCUUCUCUGCCACAAACACGCUGCGCAGGAUCCGGGCCAGCUCCCCCAGCCGGGACAGCAUCAGCAGCCGCUGCUCCUGGGCGGGGCUCCGGUCCCGGGUUUUUCUGGCCGGGUACUACCGGGACCACAACGUGGCUCUGCUGCGCCUGCUGACCCGGCUGGGCCAGACUCUGCCGGCGUGGCUCCGCCAGGAGCUGCACAGCGCCACCUGGAGCUGA